UUUCAGAGGAGAUGGUGGAUCUCACAGACCAGCUCUCGGAUGGAGGGAAGAGCGUCCACGAGCUGCAGAAGAUGAAGAAGAAGAUGGAGAUGGAGAAAGAAGAGCUGCAGGCGUCGCUCGAGGAGUCGGAGGCGGCGCUGGAGGCCGAGGAGACGAAGGUUCUGCGUUUGCAGCUGGAAGUGUCUCAGAUUAAAGCAGACGUGGAGCGAAGACUUCAGGAGAAGGAGGAGGAGGCCGAGGCCAACAGGAAGAGCCACCAGAGGGCGCUGGAGGCGGUCCAGGCCAGUCUGGAGGUGGAGCUGAAGCUGCGGGUGGAGUCGGCGCGGCUCAAGAAGAAGAUGGAGGCCGAUCAGAGCGAGCUGGAGCUGCAGGUGGAGCAGAUGAAGAAGAGCAGCGCUGAGAUGAUGAAGAGCGUGAAGAAGAUGCAGCAGCAGAUCAAGGAUCAGCAGGCUCAGCUGGAGCAGGAGGCUCGUGUGCAGGAGCAGCUGAAGGAGGAGCACACACUGAUGGAGCGCCGCUGCCUCCUGCUGGUCACGGAGGGAGAGGAGAGUCGAGCCGCGCUGGAGGCGUCCGAGAGAAUCCGCAGGAGUCUGGAGAUGGAGCUGCACGAGACAGCCGAGAGACACAGCCAGCUGGACACACAGCUGCACAGUGUGUCGAGUGGCAGGAGGAAGCUGGAGGUGGAUCUUCAGCAGCUGAUGCAGGAGCACGAGGAGCUGCAGACUGAGCUGAGAUCAGCCAACGACAAGGCCAAGAAAUCAGCCUGUGAGGCGGUGCGUGUGGCGGAGGAGCUGCGGGUGGAGCAGGAACACGUCACACACCUGGAGCGCGUCAGGAAGAGCCUGGAGAUGCAGAUCAGAGACGCCGGCAGCCGGAUGGAGGAGCAGGAGCAAUCGGCCAUGAAGGGAGGCAAGAAGAUCCUGCAGAAGAUGGAGGCACGGGUGAAGGAGCUGGAGCUGGAGCUGGAUACCGAGCAGAAGAAACACGCCGAGACGCUGAAGAACCUGCGCAAGAACGAGCGACGCCUGAAGGAGCUGCUCUUCCAGACCGAGGAGGACCAGAAGAACCAGCAGAGGAUGCAGGAGCUGGUGGAGAGACUGCAGAUGAAGAUGAGGGCCUACAAGAGACAAGUGGAGGAGGCGGAGGAGCAGGCGAAUGUUCACCUGGUGAAAUACAGGAAGACGGUUCACGAGCUCGACGACGCAGAAGAGCGAGCCGACAUCGCAGAGUCUGCACUCACUAAGAUCAGGAGCAAGAGGAGCGGGAGCUUCGGGAAGGGCUACUCAUCCGUGAGUGGUUACAGCACACCCUAUCCAGCGCUGGUGAGGUCACCCGGGUCAGUGGGGUCAGAGGGCAGAGGUCAGAAGGUCACGGAUGACGACGAGUCCCUCAACUCUCUCAUUCCCACGUACUUGAACUCGAUGAAGAAACUGAUGAUCGACUAGAUCUGAGUCUUCAGUCCAGCUGGUUUUUCAGUAACACUUUACAAUAAGGCUCAUUAGUUAACAUGAGCUAAUAAUGAACAAUACUUCUACAGCAUUUAUUAAUCUUAGUUCAUAUUAAUUUCAACAUUUACUAAUACGUUAUUAAAAUCAAAGGUUGUAUUAGUUAACAUUAGUUACUGCACUGUGAACUAACAUGAACAAACAAUGAACAGCUGGAUUAUUAUUAACUAACAUUAACAAAGAUUAAUAAAUACUGUACAAAUGUAU